AUGGCUUCCGUCACAUCCCAUACAUCCCCUCACAUGUCUCCGUACGAUUUCGAGAACACAGACGACGAAUCAUGGCAGUAUAUAAACUACUCAAGCGGCGCAUCCGCAGCCGGAUCAGUGGGCUUCUUACCCAGUCCUGCCAGUGGUAGUUUGAACGGAUAUGCGAUUGUCGGGCAUACACAUCCGCACUUAACGCCGCCGCAGGCUUCAGUUUCGCCGUUGAGUUUGGUGGAUAUGGAUCAGACGAUGUUCUUGCCGGCGGGGACAUCUUAUCCUACGCAAGAUGGGUUUGGGACGUCUGAUGGUUCGGCUGGUUUUGCGCAGGGGAGCAGUGUCAGUGGAAGUGUAAAUGGGAGCUUCUUGACGCCGCAGGAGUAUCUGUUUGCGGAUGGGGGGCUAACACAACAAGAAAUGAAUGACAUAGCUCCGUACGUGAGCAAUUUCUUCACAAACGAGCAAGCUCCGUCAACCGACUUUUCAACGCCAAUAUUCUCAGCAGAUCCAACAGCAUGGGAUAGUAGCCCCGGCGCUGCAAAUACCCAAAUUCUUCCCAGCGACGACUUCAAUCCCUCAAAUGACACCUCCACCACCAACAGCAUAUCGUCUUCGCCGCCAACCUCCAGCCCCAAGUCCCCUCCCAUCAAAUCCGAGUCUUCCAAAUCGCCCCUCGCAAUCCGCAAAGUCAAAGACGGCAAGAUUGAAAAGAAGACCAAAAAGACCAUAAUUACAGACUCGCAAUCCGGCAAAUUCGUCAUCAUGACACCCACCUCCAUCACCGCACACGCCGGCCGACCCAACCCCUUCGAAUGCUUCGAAGCGAUGCGUGCCACGCAACGCGGCCGGAAGGGACCCUUAGCGGAUGAGACCAAAGAGAAUGCCCUGCAAGUCCGUCGUCUAGGCGCCUGUUUCUGCUGCCACAGCCGCAAGGUUAAAUGUGACAAGGAAAGGCCGUGCAAGCACUGCAAGCGACUGAUGCUGCAUGUUCCACAGGUAGUGUGCUGGCAGUUUCAGGAUUUUAUCCCCGUACUGUUUCCGGACUUUAUUCGAGCGCACUUUAAAAAAGAGGAGAUGAUUAGAUUUCUGAGAGACAACGUGGAUGGCUUUAGGGUCGGCGGCAUGGAACAGCCCUGUGAGGUUGAGUUGUUCUGUGGGUUGAGAUUCUCGGCGGUGUUGAACGUCAAGGCCAAGUUCUUUACGGCAAAAACGUGUGAUGUGCUUCAGCAUUGGCACACGAAUCCUCAGGGUGGCAGUCAGAAUCUCCAGGCGAAUGGGUCGGCGCCAAUUGGCCUGGAGUUUAACACGGCGAGCCAGAGAGAUGAUUUGCGCAAGAAGGUGAAGAGUUAUGUGGCUGAUGUUAUUAACGAACCAUUUUAUGCGGAGCAAGUUACGGAUUCGGUGAAGUCGACGCAGUUACCGGUCAAGAUAUUGCGGAUUGUGCAGACAUAUGCGAAGCAAUCAGAUUCGCCCAUGGUCAAACGCGCUCUAUCCAUCUACGCAAUGCACUACAUCAUGACCCGUCACCUCUGCAUAACGCCCAAGUCCAUCAUCGCACUCCAACCAUCCGGCCUCGUCCCCCAAAACACACCUUUCAUCACCCCUCGCGUCCUCGCCCGCCAAAUCAAGUCCCUCGUCGACGACCUCAUCCUCCGCGAAAUGCAACUCAUCUUCGAACUCUUCUCCAAGUCCCUGAAACCGAAGCACCGUCGCGAAUGGGCUCCCUGCACGGCAUCCUUCCUCGUCCUCUGUCUCUUCAUGGAAGCGGUGGAAACGACAGCAGAAAACUUCGUCAUCUACCAAAAUGAGAUAAAUAGACGGAAUACAUCGCCGCCCGAGUAUAAACGUGGAUUUGCGCUGGAUAUUUGCAAAGAGUUGGAGAAUAUGCCGUUUAAGCAGUUUGCGUAUCAGUUUCACAAUAUUUAUCAGACGCAUGCUAAGGAUGCAAAUACCAAGAGCUUUAACCCGUUGUUUGAUGAUAGUUUUGAGGCGCAGGGGGAGUUGGAUGGCCCGGCUGUGGAAAUGGUUAGGAGUAUGAGGGAGUUGUUUAUGGGGGAAGACUGGCAAGAUAUGCAGUUCCUCGCGGAUGAUGAGAUUAUUUUAAAUAGGGGCGAGAGCACGCAUCCUAUUGAUAGCUCAUUCCUUUAUACGGGACGACUGGUGGCCAAGUUUUUGCUGUCUUUUACGAACGAGAAUGCUAUCUUUGGCGGCAAGAUAUAA